CCUCUGGGUUACUCUUGGGUGUCAUACAGUGUCUGAUGAAUAUAUGGAAACCUUUCACGAGGAGAUUUCCAAAUUUCUCAGAGCAAUGGAGGAUACAGCAAGACAGAACUCUCUGUUUCGGCGACGGGAAUAUACUAUGGGAACUGUGAACGCCACGCCUACUUACAGUUUCUGUUUCAUACAGACAAGCUAAAUUUGUGUAUAUUGCCAAUAGAUUUAGAAAUAGGAAACGUGAAUAUUGGUGUAACUAUUUGUACCAUCAAUAUGGGAUUCAAAUACAGCACCAGCCUUGGUGAGCCGCGGCAGCCAACAUUCAACACGGUGACGGCGGGUCGGGCCGCGGGGAGGCGCACACCGUAGGUAAUUACCACUCAGAGCUUGACUUCGCCUUAAGAUAAGAAGCAGGCCGCUGCAGGCUCGUUCUGUCCUGACCGAGGAGCGCCAGCGUCCCUGCCUUAUCGCUGACCACUUUCCUCCAUAUAAAAACUGGCUCCAUACUUCAUCCACUUGGAGAGCUAAGGGACGGGCUGGCCACGUCGCUCUGACACUGGCGGCCCGGUCCUCUCACCUGCGAGCAUCUAUGUUUCCUUCGUCACAAACAACAAUAGUGACGACGGCGGGAUAUUCUGCUUUCGGUCAGACUGGAGCGCUAGACAAAGGCAAGCUACUGGAGAGCCUGAAGAACAACGGAGUUGGAGGCGGAGGGGGUGAGGGUGGAGGAGAGCCGCCGACGCCCCCACACACCCCACAGCGAGAAAACAUCAACAUAGCGACCAGCGAGGGAAUCGCCAUCCGGCCGCCGCCCCCGCCCCUCGACCCCCUCCAGCAGCAGGCGCUCCAGGCCAGGAUGCUGGGUGGAGGAAACUUUUCGACCCUCCUAACUCUGGCAGCUCUUCAGGAGGGCAAAGGCGGUCACGGCGUCCCUCUGCCGCCCACCCUGGAUCCACACAAGAACAUCCCCACCACGCCCACCACGUCCACCACAGUGACUCCGGGGCUAGCGGGCCUGUCCUUGGGGUCCGUGGGGCCGGCACCCUCCCAGCUCCUCACCGGCAGCAUGGGAGUGCGAGACGCCCUCGCCAAACCCCAAAUCGAUUAUUCCCGCUAUGUGAAGCCCUUCAGUUCGGCGCUUGAGUGCGGUAACCUCUCUUGCAGGGAACACAAUUUAAGAGAACACUUCCAUUGUCUCGAGUGCAGCUGCAAAGUGUUCAGCAAGAAGGAGGAAAUGAUUCGACACUUCAAAUGGCACAAGAAGCGGGAUGAGAGCCUCCAGCACGGCUUCAUGCGCUACUCUCCCUCAGACGACUGUAGUGACCGCUUCUCGAACUGCUCCCACAACCGAAAGCAAACGCAUUACCACUGCCUCAAGGAGAGCUGCGACAAGGUUUACAUAAGUACUUCAGACGUCCAGAUGCACGCUAACUACCAUCGCAAGGAUUCAGCCAUCUUGCAGGAGGGCUUCCAGAGGUUCCGCGCCUCUGAAGAUUGCGGCCUGCCGGCGUGUGCCUUCAGCGGGCAGCGCACCACCCACUUCCAUUGCAUGAGGAGUACCUGCCAAUACACCUUCAAAAACAAAGCUGAUAUGGUGAGUGACCUGAAUUCAACGAUCUAUUUUCAUCUCUGUGCAGAGAAGCAUAAGACGUACCACAUAAAGGAUGAGCAACUCACCAAGGACGGCUUUAAAAAGUUUAUGAAGCAAGAGGAAUGUCCUUACGAAGGCUGCAAGUUUUCACGGGUCGUCAACCACAUACACUGCAUCAGACCGGAGUGUAACUACGUCCUGCACUCCUCCGGCCAGAUCUUUGCCCACAAGAGAAAACAUGAACGCCAAGAUCACGAGAGAGCUUACAGGAAAUACAAGCUUGCGCAGACCAUGCUUGGAGUACCUGAGGGUCAUCCAGCCCUCGCUCCUCUCCUACACGAGGCACUGCGCCCUCUUGGUUCAUAUGGAGGACCCCUUGUCAAUCCCCUUAUUGGUCCUAUGGGAGGCCCCUUGGCUGGUGUUCCCAUGUGUCCUAGUGACCAGAGAAGUGAAGAUUCCUCGUCCCCAUUAGGGCCGUGUCCCACCCCCAGCACCCCUGGCACCCCUGGUCCCAUGCCUUCCGGUCUUCAACGUACCCCCGGCUUCUUGAUGGGGGGUUUUCCUCCACCAGGUCUUGCUGAAUCCCAGCAUCCGUUGGCACGCCUCUUGGGUGUUACUCCACCAGCAGCUCAUGGCCUUUUCCCUGGGGGCUCUGCCACCAGCUCAGCGUCCACGCCAUGCUCCUCCUCCUCAGGACCAGCAUCUCCUGUAGACCUGAGCCUGGGAAUGGGAGCUGGCGAGGACAGAGACUGGGAACGAUGGCUGAGAUACAUCGGGAGAGACGACCCGUGUCACCCGGGCUGUGACUUAUCCAACGUGGAGCACUGGCACUGUGAUGAAUGUGAGACAGUGUUCCGUGGCCGCGAGAGUGCACGGGAGCAUGGACGAGUGCACGAGCAGCAAACACUGAUCACUGAUGAACAUUACACCAUGGUGACCCCGGCCGAUGACCCUCGCCCCUGUCCCCCUGACUGCCCCAUCCAGGACCACGCCGACCACUACCAUUGUAACUGGGAAAGUUGUGGCGAGGCCAUCCUGGCAGCAGGGGACAAACCCUUCCGCCGACUGGAGCACUUCAGGAUGCACGACUACGCCCGCCGCCUCACUCUGGCAGCCCCGGGUUCAGGCGGUCCUAUGGGUGUGGCCUCCGUCACUUCUGUCGACGCCAUGUUCAAACGUAAACGCGGAAGACCGCCGAAGAACAGGGUGAUCGAGGUGUGGAAUGACUACCUCCCGGUAUCGAGUGGCCAUGACUCUCCGCAAGCCAUCUUUACCAGCUUUAAAUUGCCUAAGAACUCUCCUCCACCUCAUGGGGCAGUUGGAUUACCUAUGGGUCCACAUCCCAUGACGCCACUGGGACACUUAGCACAGAUGGGACGCGAGGCCUCACCGCCGCGAUUAUCCAUUCCUUGCAGCACCAGCACCAGCUGCACCACCACAACCACCAUUAGCCCUUGUGCCACCGCGGUUCCAUCAGCCACACCCGGAGGCCCCCAGCCAGUCCUCCUGCCCAUUAACGGCCCGCUGCUCGUUAAUCCGCUCCAGCCACAGGCGGAGAUAAUGGACGGGUUUUAUCCGUUUGGUGAAGGCGUGCCCUGCCCGGACCAACUUUGCCCUCUGCUCGGUCGCCGUCACUACCACUGUGCUCACCCUCGUUGCCUCUAUGUCACCUCACAUGCCGAUGUUCUGACCCUUCAUGCCCACGACUUUCACGAAAACACACCCAUCCCUGAAGGCUUCAUCGCCAUCGACCGCAAUAUUGACUGCCGCUCACCCAACUGUCAAAGCAAUAAGGUGAAUAAGCACUACCACUGCACCCGCUGCGGUUUCUCCUUCGUACGCUACCAGACCCUUGAGUCUCACGCAGAGAAGCAUCAACAGGAGGAAGAAGGAGGCUCCUCUCACAGCCUUGGCCCUCAGUCUCCCAUCUACCUGAAGAAGCCGCGUCCUGACAGUCCCAUGGACACUCCCGCUGCCAGUGGGGACCCUGAGUCCCCCAACAAGGCACAAGAUUUUUCCCCUCCAGUGGUGAAGUCAUCAGGGACCUUCUACCCACUGUCACCCUUUCCUGUGUCGACUCCAGCCAACAUGAGACCAUCAUCAAACUCUCGAGGAGAAGCUGGAGCCCUUGUAACGCCCAUUCCGCCAUCAUCACGUCCUCAGAACUCGACAACAUAUACGCUCCCAGUGUCCGGCAGCCUUACCAUCACCGCCACCCGCCGCUCACCCCUUCCUCCGGAUAUGCACUCACCCAUUAGAGACCGCAUGGAACAGGCUGAGUCAGAGGAACGUCCAGACCAAGAAUCUGAUCAGCUUCGUCCUAUGAGUCAACAAGGAGACCUUUACCCGAGCCGCAUCCUACCGAAUCUAAACCGAGAGCAGGCACCACUGGCAGCAGCUGCUGCUGCAGCAGCCGCAGCAGCAGCAGUAGCUCUGGGAUCUGACUGGCACAUUCCAGAGCGCCACCCGCAGUACGGUCCAGAAUUUUCAUGUGGAAGGCCUUUCUGCAAACUGAAGAAGAAGGAACAUUUCCAUUGCCAAAUUUGCAAUCAGGCCUUCAGUGAAUAUGAAAGGUUAAAACCUCAUCUUCUUAAACACGCAACUGGCGGCCCAAUGAACCCACUUGGGUUCUCCAACACGGGAGACGAAGAAGUGGAAGCUUCAGCAGAGCAAGAAGAAGAUGGAACAAAUGUUCAACCUAAAGCGGAGGUCAAUGAUCAUCCUAGUAGUCCAAGAAGCCCAAUUAAUACAUCAAGCUUCAUGGGUACAACACCAAGCAUCUCCAUCAGCAGCCCAAGGCAGCUCAACAGCAAUGCCAUUAACAGUAGCAGCGGCCUCACUGGACCACAGACAGUACCACAGUUCCCACUCGUGUACACUCAGGCUACAAGCUUCCCUGGCCUCCCAUCUCCAUUCGGACCUCAUUUAGGCAUGGCGGGAAUGUUUCCUGGUUCCUUACCACGCAUGCUACCUCCAGCUGCCUGGCAGGUCCAUCCAACUCUCGCUGCUAUGGCCCACCAGAACCUCAUGUUUCCAGGAGUUCGUCCGAACGGGGAUCUGACUCACGGAUCACCAGGACAUGGAGGACUGUCGGGCCUGCACGGAUCUGGGCCAGAUCCUAACCCACUUUUAUCCUCCUCUCUUGGAACCUCCCCACACUUGGCCAUGCUGGGAAAGAGACUUGGAGCCGACGACUUCAACUCUCAAGAGGCCAAGAAGAUACGAUCCAACACCUCUUUACGUUUGCUCAAGGAUGAGCCAGUGCCAGAUGGUUAUAUUCGCUUCAGGUUCAACGAAGAUUGUCAGUAUCCCCACUGCGGGUACCGGGAGCACCAGACUCAUUUCCACUGCAUGAGGAAAGACUGCGGUUACUCCUUCUGCGAUAAGACGCGCUUUGUGCAGCACACGGCGCGCCACGAGCGGCUAGACACCCUCAUGGGGGGAGAUUUCAAUCAAUUCCGUUCAAAUGUCUCCUGCGGCCGUCCUGACUGUGUGUACGCCUCCAUGAUAGGGCAACAACAGAACAAGGCGUCGCAUUUCCAUUGCCUCAAGUGUGAUUUCGUUUGCACCGACACCAACAAGGUGGUGGCGCACCGCAGGCAACACCAGAAACGUGAUUCUAUCAAUGCUGCGGGCUUUGAGAAGUUCACACCGUCCCAGCCCUGCGGCAUCCAAGGCUGCAACCACAACCAGAAACAGACCCAUUACCAUUGCCUCAAGUGCCAGUAUUCGGUGUUAGGUCUCAGUCAGAUGUCUGCACAUAAAUUCCGACAUCUGGAAUGAAAUUUAUUUGGGGAGUAAUCUGCGGAGAGGCUCCCCGUGUCUCCAUCGGAGGCAUUGCAACAAUUAUUUCGUGUGCGUGUGUGUGUGUGUGUGUGUGUGUGUGUGUGUGUGUGUGUGUGUGUGUGUGUGUGUGUGUGUGUGUGUUCUUCCGUGAAUGAGUAUGUGCGUGCGCUACACGCUCACGAAUGUGUGUGUGUGUGUGUGUGUGUGUGUGUGUGUGUGUGUGUGUGUGUGUGUGUGUGUGUGUGCGUGUGUGUGUGUGUGUGUGUGUGUGUGUGUGUGUGUGUGUGUGUGUGUGUGUGUGUGUGUGU